AUGGAGACGACCAUAGUGUAUCAGAAAUCCACAGGGACGCCUCUAGCUGCAUCUAGUGAUGAUAGCAAAGAUGCAGAGCUAAUUGUUUCUAAGAAGGAGCUCAAACAAGUUUUGCAUCAAUUGAGCGGGAUUGGGAACAUCAAGGCAUUUAAGAAGAUGAUCCAUUAUCAGGUGGAUGAAACUAGUGAUCUAGCGGUUGUCACUAUAACCAGUGAAGGGUUCCCAGCGCAGUUGUCGUUAAGCUAUCUUAACGAAAUCCACGAUGAAUUUGUGCAUGUCUAUGGAAUGGAAAUGGUCAACAUUCUUAAACGCGGAGAUAUCCUAAAGCCUUACCAGUUUAUGUCAUUUGAGACCUUUAUUACAAAGACAAAGAAGAUCUAUGCAGAUACCAGGGCCAAGGAUGGCUUAUCCGACAUCAACGGACAAUUAAGAGACGUCAAAAAAAUCAUGAACCAAAAUAUCAAUGAUCUAUUAAAUAGGGGCGAAGAGCUGAACAACCUACAGGAUUUGAGUACUAGUUUGAGGGAACAAAGCAUUAAGUAUCAAAAAUACGCAAAGAAGAUAAACUGGGAUUUGAUGGUCAAGAAAUAUGCACCUGUUUUGAUUGUUGGAAUCCUAAUAAUUUUAAUUUUUUAUAGAUGGCUAUUUUAA